AGAUUCAGAGAUAAGGCUCAUUAAAAUCACCUGCUUCACCCAUCACGCUAAGAUCGUGGAAUCUUAUAUCACUAGACUCUCCCAGAUCAUGACACGUCAUCAUCUUCAUCAUGAGACCCAUAAUUUUUUGAAACUGUUUUAUUUCACUCCCCAAUAAUAUUUUCUGCUUUUAGCUCUUUUUAAGGCUCUUCAAAAAUCUCCGUCAACGUCGAGAACAAAAUUUGGAGAAAUCGAACAGACGAUCGAGAUCGAGGAAAAUGGCGUCGUGGAAUUCGAUUCCGCUGGAGAUCUCGUACGAAAUCGUUGGAUGGAUCGCGUUUGCUUCGUGGUCAAUUAGCUUUUACCCACAGCUGAUUUUGAAUUUCCGUAGGAGAAGUGUUGUUGGAUUGAACUUCGACUUCGUGAUGUUGAAUUUGACAAAGCACUCGUCGUAUAUGAUCUACAAUGUCUGCCUCUACUUUAGUCCUGUUAUUCAAAAGCAGUACUUUGACACUUAUGGCGAUAAAGAGAUGAUACCUGUGGCUGCAAAUGAUGUUGCAUUCUCGAUCCAUGCAGUUGUAAUGACAGCUGUUACACUGUUCCAGAUCUUUAUCUAUGAACGUGGACCUCAAAAAGUAUCCAGACUUGCUAUAGGUAUUGUGGUUGUUGUGUGGGGAUUUGCAGCUAUCUGUUUCUUCAUAGCAUUACCUACACACUCUUGGCUAUGGCUCAUUUCAAUCUUCAAUUCGAUUCAGGUCUUCAUGACAUGCGUCAAGUACAUCCCACAGGCAAAGAUGAACUUCACUAGGAAGAGCACAGUCGGGUGGAGCAUCGGGAAUAUUCUUCUCGAUUUUACUGGAGGACUUGCUAACUAUCUGCAAAUGGUUAUACAAUCUAUUGACCAAAAUUCUUGGAAGAAUUUCUAUGGGAACAUGGGAAAGACUCUUCUCUCACUUAUAUCAAUAUUUUUCGACAUCCUCUUCAUGUUUCAACACUAUGUGUUAUACCCAGAGAAGAAAGUCUCAAAAUCUCCGGAAACUGGUGAGGAAUCGAACGAACCACUCAUUGAUUCUUCUCAUGAACAUGUUUAAAGAUCAGAUUCUCAAGAGUCAUUAGUUUCAGCGUUCCCACUGUAUAUGUUUAUAUCACAAAAAGGUACAAAUGUGAGAACUCUUCAGAUUGUCGUAAUAUCAGUCUAAUGUAUCAAAUCAAUUAUCACAGAAACAGCAAAUGUAUAAUACAAUGUUCGAUCUUGGGUUAUAUUUUAAGAAACAAGAUGAAAGUUAAUAGAGCACGAUCCAUUACCCAUAGUAGUGCAUCUACUAGUAGUCUUAGGCACAGCAUAGAAGAGUUAUAUCUAUGCAAGAUCCAACCAAAGUCACUAUGGUUCGAGGGGUACCAUGAACCAUCAUCUUCUUGGCAGCGCAUAUCGAUAGGGUCUUCUCUA